UUCUCUUUUCACCUAAUUGUUAAAUUAAGUUCCAAAGUGAUGGAAUAGCUUAUACAAUAAUAUAAUCUUUAGCCACAUUUUACUUGCAUUUUUGCCGAAAAAUCACCUUUAUCCUUCAAAAAAUGAAAUUGGAACUUUGUUUUGAUAAACAACCACUGUAAUUGAGACUUUUUAAAGUUUAAACACUCCAUUUAUCUCUUUAAGAGUUUCGAAUUGCAAUCCUCAGUAGCAAACUCAACAUUAUUUAAUCAACAGAGUCCAACAUAUUGGAAUUAGAACUAAACAAUCACAUGAUGGGUCCAAAAAAUCAUCCAAGACUUACUCUCUUACCCAUCUUCUUGUUCCUUUUCCACCCCACAUGCUUAUCUUCCACUACUUAUCAAACAAAGGAAUGUUCAAACCAAACUUCUUCACUGAAAAGUGAAAUUCUUGAGCUUGCUAACACACCCAACACAGUGAAAUGGAUGAAGAACAUCAGAAGAGAAAUUCAUGAGUACCCUGAACUUGCAUAUGAAGAAUUCAAGACAAGUUCUGUUAUAAGGCGUGAGCUUGACAAGUUAGGUGUUGUUUAUCAAUGGCCUGUGGCUAAAACUGGUGUUGUUGCUAAAGUUGGUUCUGGAUUUGCUCCUUUUGUUGCUCUUAGAGCUGACAUGGAUGCUUUGCCAAUUCAGGAAUUGGUUGAUUGGGAUCAUAAAAGCAAAGUAGACGGAAAAAUGCAUGCUUGUGCGCACGAUGCACAUGUGGCGAUGCUUCUUGGUGCUGCAAAGAUACUGCAAGAAAUGAAAGACAAGUUAAAGGGUACUGUUGUACUUAUUUUCCAACCAGCCGAGGAAAAAGGCACAGGUGCUAAGGACAUGAUCCAAGAAAAUGUGCUUGAAGAUGUUGAGGCUAUUUUUGGAUUGCAUUUAGCGUCACUGUAUCCCUUAGGUGUUGUUGCGUCGCGUCCGGGUGAAUUUUUAGCAGGAUAUGGAAGCUUCAAAGCGAAGAUCAAAGGGGGUUUAGCAGGAACUCCGCAGCGUUGUCUUGAUCCAAUUUUGGCUGCUUCGGCAUCCGUGAUUAGCUUGCAAAACAUUAUUUCAAGGGAGGUGGAUCCUUUAGACUCGCAGGUGCUUUCUGUGGCAAUGAUCCAAUCAGAGUCUGGUCAUGAACUCACCCCUGAUUCUGUAACAUUUGGAGGUACUUAUAGAGCAUUCAGCAAAAAGAGCUUCAAUGCACUAAGGAAUAGGAUAGAAGAGGUUAUCAAAGGGCAAGCAGAAGUGUAUAGAUGCUCAGCAGAGGUUGAAUUCUUUGGCGAGGAACAUCCAACAAUUCCUCCUACUACAAAUGAUGAGAGAAUCUACCAACUAGCGAGGAAAGUAUCUAGUAUGAUUGUUGGAGAAGAGAACAUAAAAUUAUCACCAAUCGUCACAGGGAGUGAAGAUUUUGCAUUUUACUUGGAAAAAGUGCCUGGCUCAUUUUUCUUUUUAGGUAUAAAAAAUGAAAAGAGUGGAUCCAUAUAUUCAGCUCAUAGUCCUCAAUUUUUCAUUGAUGAAGAUGUUCUUCCCAUUGGUGCUGCAAUACAUGCAGCAUUUGCUCUUUCAUAUUAUUCUUAUUCAACAAAUUCUUAUCUUUAAGUAACUCUUCAUUAUCUACCACUUAAAUGUGAAAAUUUAAUAAUAUAAUGAGAUAUAGAGGCAUGUUGAAUAUGUUGAACCAUGUAAUUACAAACUGCUGUUUACUAUCAUAGUUUCCAAUAUUGUUUUAGUACCUUGGAAAACUAUUAAAUGCCUCGCCAGGAA